ACAGGAAGUGGCUUAUCAGAAGAAAGGCUUGCUUCAGAAGGAUGGAGGGUUUCCAGCUGCUUGGUUCAUGCAUCUGGCAGCGUGGGCUCAUGUGGGAGUGAUUGAAAGUUAAUCACAUCCAAAGGUGAACACGGGCUGCAGUGGGAAGGGAGAUGCCGUGUUAAUUUCUCAACCAGGUGAAAAGGAAUUGGCCAGUAUUGCCAGCAAGGAAGCCUUGGGGACUUCUGGAGAGUGACCUAGCCCAUCUCAGGGGAAUUCUCCCUUCUGUCUGGCUAAUCUUGCUACACUAUUAAUGAAGGAGCUUUUCAUCUUCUGGGCCUUGUGCUCUCUAGCAGGGAAUUCACUGGGGGGAAAACCACCAGUCAUUCAGGAGGCAACUUUUUCGUCCACAAACUUUGAAAAUCUCUUCACAUGGAAGAUCCAAGGGAAGACUCUCCCAGGCACGCUCUAUGAGGUCCAGUAUAAGAAGUAUGGGGACGACUGGCAGAGUAAACCGGAGUGCCAAAAUAUCACCCAGCCCUCCUGCAACCUCACUCAUGAGACUGAGAAUUUCACCGAACGCUACUAUGCCCACGUGAGAGCCAUUGUCCCCAACUGUUGCGUCUCUGACUGGGUCAGGUCCUUAAGGUUCUGUCCUCAUGACGACACUAAUAUUGGGGCGCCUGAUGUAAAAUAUACACCCAGCAUUCAGUCCAUCAAGUUUGUUAUUCAGCCGCCUUACACACCUUUGAGAGGUGAGGAUAACUUCCCUCUGACUGUAGUGGACAUUUUUAACCAACUUGGUACUGCUUUCCACUAUGAAAUAGCAAUAUUCUGCACAAAGACUCAACUGAAGUGGACAAAAAUUGAAAGUAAUGAAGAAUUUGAAAUCACUGACUUGGAUCCCAACACUGAAUAUAAUGGAGAGAUAUACUUCAGAUAUUCCCACAAAAUCAGCAAGUCCUAUGUGUUUCAAGUACGGACGUUAUCAGAUAACACCUGGCUGCCAUAUUUAUUUGGAAUGCUUAUAUUUAUAAUCACAUUUAUCUUUGGAACUGUAUGUUACUUCAUUUAUAAGUAUGUUAAACAAUACACCAUUCAGCAGCCCACAUCUUUGGAUUUCAAAGGCAUUUCCCGUUUCCAGCCUCUUAUAUUAAAUGUGGAGCAUGCCCUGAACCCUUACGAUUUAUCAAAGAUUAUCCAACCAGGGGUGCAUUCAGCAGAGGUUAACCAUCACAUCUGGGGCAUGCCAGAAGGCCAAAAACUAUUCAACCCAACAAUGACAGCUUACCAGCAACAGUCCAAAAUGUCACCAUUCCAGCCUCCUGCUCAACCGUCAGAUGAUCUUUCACUUGCCCCACAAGUGAUCAAGAACAGUCAGCUGCACACACUAGGGGACAAUCCUUCCACAUUAACAUAUGGAUUAUGCAUUGAAGGGGCCAGCCACAAGGCCAACCAAAUGAUUAAGCUUGAUUCUUUUGUAAGCAAUGGAGCACAUUAUAAAGCCCAGAGACCAGAAUGGACCAACAAAGAGUUACAGGAGACCAAGAUUCAGCAGGAGACAGGGUUGGCAGUGGAAACCAUACCCCAGAUUCAACGUCUCCCACUUCAGGAAGACUCAAAAGGUCUGUCACAGGAGUCUACAUGCCUUCUGGGAGAGUGGAUACCUGCCACUGUGGAUGGAAGGAGAGGAAGCUACAGAAAGCAGGCAAAAUUGCUACCUUCCAGCUUGGAAGCUGGCCAAAAUGUUAUCUCAGAUGGCAGUGGCUCUUUGUUGUUAACUGUCCCACCAUCACCCUUACUUUCACGCUCUUCUUGCAACAACUUCCCUCAAGGUCACAGCACAGGGCAACAGCCAACCUUCAACCCAUUCUCCUGGACUGAUAAUUUUUUGCAUUCCAACCCUUUUGGAUUCCAAAUCACAGACUGCCUAGCUCAGGGAAGCCAGGGAUUGAAAAGUGAGCCUCAGUCUUUAGACACUGUCCAAAAUACCCUAGACUUUAAUCAGAUCAACAGACCUUUCCCAAGUUUGUUCAGAGACUUGGAACUGAAGCUACAGUGGGAUUGUGGGCCAGAGGAAAACGCAGCAACUUUUUAAGCAAUGCGAAGGGUUCGGAAAUUUCUUUCUACAAAGUUGAGUGGAAAGCAGAUACUUUUUUUUUUUUUAUGAACCCCGAUUCCUCUGUAUGAGUUGCACUCUACAUCUUAAAAAGGAGGAAAAUUCAGAAAACUGAAUUGCACCUUUAUAUUCAUACAGGCUAGGUAGAAAAGUGAAAACAGAAUGAAAUAAAUAUUUUUCUAUGUUUGAUGUGU